AUGGCGGCUAAGAGCACUCCCUCAGUCGCGGGUCAUGGAGUUAAGUUGGACACUCUUAGGGACUGUCUCCAGUUCCUGGAGUGGUUAAAUCAUACUAAAAGGAGUGGUGCUAGAACCCAGCUGGCGGGUCGGCUAGCUAGACUACUCGAGAAGAAGUAUAAUGAUGUUAACCGAAAUCAAAUUGAAUCCGCACUGUCGCACUUCCUCAAUGAAGUCUCAAACUUUUAUAAGAAGCUGUGCAAUAGAGCAGAUCACGGUACACAAAAACCACAAACCGCUAUACGUACCCUCAACGCCCUGCUAGAGUGCGUAAACAAAUUGCUUGCCGCCUUCUACUUUUUGCGAUACCGUGUUGAUGGGGGGUUCAAGGCUAUGGGCGGAGGGGAUUGGAAAGAUGAGUCGGUUGGGAUGAUUGCACUCUACGCUAAACGCAAUCUACAGGUGGAUCAAAUUAGGAAAUAUGCCAAUGUUAUUGAUAGGUAUUUCAUUGAUACAGACAGCGGUGAAUACGGAGUCAUCCCCGGAGGAUUCGGGGCCAACGAAUUGAAAGAUAGUUAUAUGCUCCCACAUGGAGAGGGUUAUGCCAGUGGUAGCGAGAUGGCAAAGGACCUUGGAAAUCUGUUGGACAAAAAUCGGCACGUGAAUAAUCUGUUCCUCGAUGUUUAUUCCACCACAGUGGUUGGUAAUCAUGGAACCGACACUCCGAACAUCGCCAAUGCUCUUCGAUUAGUGCGUGAUUUUUGUAGGAUAUUCGGAAAAGUGACAGAUCCGCAAGAUUUUAAGAACCAUUUAUAUUCGAAAGAUAGAUGCAUUGAAUUGCCGCAAUUACAAGCACAUUGCCAAAAACUUAUUGUGCCACUUGAAAAAAUUUUUAGGGAAAAGCGAUUUUCCUUCACCGGAUAUGCGCGAGAUCUUAAAGGCCUUAGCGAAAACCAUAUCGCCAAGAAAAUGGCGAGUUGGUUUAAAGCAAAUUUGUUCGAAGUGAAGGAGAAGUUGAAAAGAAUUAAAACCCUUAGUAGCAUUAAGAACUUUAAAAAUGCAUCUUUUCAGAGGGGCGCAGUCCUCCCUAAGAAUGCUAAAGAGCUUGCCGACUAUUUUACGCACAAUUUCUUUCCCUACGGAUUCACAUUUCAUGGCCAUGAUUUUAACAAAUGGACGAAUGCGUAUCAGAUAUUGACUCAGGAUUGGAAUGGUGUAAUUAGUGAUCUUAAUAGAGAAGGUGACGGUUUGGAUAAGCUAGUUGACAUUUUGAAUGGGGCGAAGUGUAGACUCGAAAACGAAAAACGAAAAGGAAAAGGAACAGGGACAGAACAAGUAAAAGCAGCGGAAGAGGCUGACGACGGCGAGCCUGACCCUCCGGCUGAAGAUUCAGAUGUAGAGUCCGAGGAUGAAAAAGAUGAACAGUUAUUGGAUGAAGAUCUUCCUGCCGCCACCAAAACCGAGGCCGCCAAGCCUGUGAUGACCAAAGCCGAGGCGCCGAAGCCAGCGGCACCAAAACCCGAUGCAGCACAGAACCAGGGCAAGAAGGCGGAGGGAGCACAGAACCAGGGCAAGAAGGCAGAGGGAGAUACAAGUCAAAAUGGUCAGAGUGAAGCAAAGUCUCCUAGUUCACGAGUUUCACAGGUGGUACAAACUCAGCCUUCAAGUAAUUCAAGUGCAGACUCUGCGUCAUCUGGUGUCGCUGAUCCCAGUAGUGGUCAGGGUCCGGUUUCUCAGGCGGGUUCUGCUGACGCUGGUCAACCAGGUGUUCAAAAGGCUCCGAAACGUCCAGUCGGUGAUACUGCGGCGCCCACUGACACGGCUUCUGGUUCAGGAAGCGUUGGAGCUGGAGGGGGUGGAGAUAGUGGAGAGAAUGGGCAUAAUCCAGUUAAAAAGUGCCUGGAACCCAAUAUCGAAAAUCUUUGGAACCAUAGAGAAGGCAAAACGGCUCUAGAAUUCUGUGAGGUAAAAUAUAAGAAACCUUCACGUGUUCCCAUAAAUGGCCAAAAGACUCCUCAGCAACUUUGGGAUGACUAUGAGAAAAAAAAGGAAGAGGAAGAACGGAAAACCCAAAACGCUUAUAACACCUAUGUACGUCAGAUGAAGCAAAUGCCGAAUUAUUCAUCUGCUCUAAAUGGAUCUGCAGUCAACACUCCGUUUGACGGAACAGCGAUAUCUGAGAGCUCGAAGGUUUCACGGCAGCAAAAUAAUGCCGAACAUAUUCAACAAACCUACCAUAGCAUUAUAUACAAUCAGCAAAAAUCAGAUAAGAAGAUGCAUGACAUGAUACAGAAAUCGGUGCAACGCAAAAAAGAUGAAGACACACAGUGGAUAAAAAAACGCAUAUACGGGAGUCAUGAGUUAGCCGUAGGUGGUAUUCAGACAACCACACCAAAUCAUCACCCCGUUGAUUCAUCAUUAUUUGACUUUGAGAAACCAAUUGGUAGAGAUGUAAGCAAAUUUCCCGAAUUUACAACAAAUAUCAUCGAUGAUAUUAAAUCUAAGGUACGACCUACCCAAAGUACAGACUACGCGACAGGGUAUGCUACAGCAGAUUCCAGAGGCAUACCGAAUUUCACUGGUCUACAGGGUUCCUUUGCUAAUGGUAUUGUUAUGGGGCAUCCGAUAAAACAACCGAAAUUGCCGAAGACGUAUCCACCGGUGCCUGAGGUUUUGGGUUUGACUGUAGACGCUGUUCCCAAUCAUAAAUUUGUGCGAUCUCCUCCACUCUCAGGUGACCCGGUGAUACCACCGUCUCAGUCCGCAGAGCAUCAUUCCCCUGUUCCCACGCAACCUGAACCUACCUUAACUACUAUGUACAUUAGCGGAAGUGAAAUUAACCCAACGUCUAUUCCAACCGCCGAUAUCCCGACAGACUUUCGCGACUUUAAUUCAUUGGUGUCAGAACCCAUAGGCAAUCCUAUUUCGGACCCCAACAUAGGACGUCGCAUGGCACCUAUCGAUAGUUCCAAUCUUCCUUGGCAACGUGCUCAUGCACCCGACAAAUCGCCAAUCAAAGUUGCGCUUGACCAGACAAUUGAAAAAAUGUUGAAUGUGUCCACCACAGACCUGACAGGGUCCACAAAAAACGAUGCCAACGUUCCCGCUCCUCAGAAAAUUGACCCCCCAGUGCCACCAUCUCUUAUCACAUCAUGGACCAUUCCUAACACUGAAAAACGUUUUCCCUCUCCAACCUUCCCACCCUCUCAACUGCCUAAAAUCGCAGCCAACGCUACCACCACGAAAAUUCCACACGAAGAAAUCGCAGCGUAUCCUGGCGAGUUCUAUCCCUUGGUCUCUGAAGCAACCGGCGAUAGUAUUUCUCAUCCUAAGCACUUUUCUCCUACGUCACCUAUUGCAAUUUCGAAACCCACUGUUCCCCCGCUUCCCACCAAAGUUUAUCCUCCUCAUAGUGGGCAGUUUGACGACCAAUUUAUGGGAAGCAUACCAGACAUCCACGGUGCCCCAAUUACAGAAGAUACAAACAAGAUACAAAUGGCUAGAGUUCAAGACACUUUGGACUUUAAAUUGUCGUUACCAGCAGAACCGAUGGGCCACCCUAUUCCAUAUGAUAAUAAGGAUCCUCCGGUGCAAGGUCCGCCGCCAAGAUUCAAGCCGCCGGAUGUAAGCGGCAGUGUCACUACCGGGUUUAUUGGCGGCGUUGAGUCAUGGCGAAAAAAGGAAGUUAUGUACAAUAAUAUAAAAAGGGAUCUUGAAGCGCAUAAGCAGGCGUUGGCGAACGACCAAGACCGGAGAAUCAAAGAGGCACAACGAUACGGAGAAGGAUUUAAAAACAUGGUACAUAUGCACGACGAUGACAGGAACCAACAUCUACUUGAUGAUGUACAAGAAUCAACAGAAACACUCAAGUUUCCAUCACCACGCAAACUUCAAAAUAUUUUAUAUCCCAACGAGAAACCAUAUGUUGCUCCGCCUGUUAUUGAAACAUUGCCCCAUGGUUUACAGUCAACUGAAGCAACCGGGGAUGUGUCUAAAACGUUUAUUGAUGUCAAAGAUUCCGAGUCGCUUCCAGAAGUCGGCUUGUCCGUCGACGUAUUAAAACACUCACCGUUUCAGCCUCUGAAUGACUACGAUUACGGCCGUACAUUGAUGCCGCCUCCGGUAGUAGCAGGGGUUCAACUUGCGAGCACCCUUGAUUCAGCUAGAUUGGUAUCAGAGCGAAGCAUCCCACUUUUUGCAAAUCCACACCUUUGCACUGACCCCUGGUCCGUUUCCACAUCCGCUUCCUCCACCGAUACCGUUCAACCACCUACCUCCCCUCCCCCAGCUAUCGACCGUCUGCCCCCGCCCAAAACAGUUCGGGAAAUGCUCUGCUGGUUUGUUGGAUUGAGUCAAUAUGGACUUAUUGGAGUGGUUACGGAACAUGUUUACAGCCUUCUGAGGGAACUUAACAAAGAUACUUCCCAUCCUACUGAUGCCAUCGACGUCACCGGGGAUCUCUCGACGUUGGACGCCUCCAUGGUCACCGCCAAACUGACCGAGGCGUGUCUCUACUCAGCCACCGUUAUCUACAGAAUAAAGCAUCGUGAUGAUUACGCAGCCUAUAAAAAGUUUAAGUUUGAAUCAGUUUACAGUAACCUUCAUUAUUCCCCCGACCCCGCCGGUCUCCUCUGCCAGCUGCGUGAUUACGUCUACGCCUGCCACCACCAGUUGGAAUUCCUGAAAGCGCAGUCUAGUCGGGACAAACUAAGUGGUGGGUGGGAAAAUUAUGAGUACGGCAGUGAUAUCACUGCUUCCAAGUCUCCCCUCCAGGCGUUCCUGACUGACGACUGGGGCUCCACCUUCGAGACUCACCCCUUCGACCCGUGCAACCUGUGCCUCAAGAGCAGGGUCCGGAUGGGAUUUCAAAUGGAAGAUUUGCCUGAGAAUAAACAAACUGGCGCCACCCUUUCCUCCAUCCUCACUCCCAGCUGCGGCGGUGAGGGCCAUGAUGCGCUAGUCGACGCAAGAUAG